CAGCAGCACAGCUCCGUUGGUCUUUCUGCUCUCCUCAACUCUGCUUGGAAGAAACAGCCAUGUCUCGGCAGUCAAUCUGUAGAAGCUUUGGAGGCGGAAGCAAAAGGGGAUACAGCUCUUGUUCUGCCAUCGGCGGUGGCUUUGGAGGAAGUGGGGGCAGAAGCAGGAUCAGCUAUAGCUCGUUCUCCACAUCCAGGGGAAUUGGAGGCAGCGGACGUUGUGGAGGUUUUAGCAGCAGGAGCCUCCAUAACAUGGGUGGCAGCGGAAGAAUUUCCAUGGGUGGCUCUUAUGGCGGUGGAUACGGAUGUAGAAUUGGUGGCUUUGGUGGAGGCUAUGGAGCAGGAUUUGGCAGCAUUGGAGGAGGUGUCAUUGGUGGAGGAAUAGGCAGCUUUGGUGGUCCUGUGAGAGGUGGUCCUGGGUUCCCUGGAGGCAUCCAACCGGUGCAGGUUGACCCAACCCUCCUGCGGCCGGUCCAUGUUGACAUUGAUCCUCAGAUCCAACAAGUGAAGUGCCAGGAGAAGGAACAGAUCAAGACUCUUAACAAUCAGUUUGCCUCUUUCAUUGACAAGGUCCGCUUCCUGGAGCAACAGAACAAGGUCCUCUCCACCAAGUGGGAGCUCCUCCAACAGCAAGGACCUUCGGGGCCAAGGAAGAACCUUGAUGUCAUCUUUGAAAAUUACAUCCAGAACCUGAGGAGGAAGCUAGAGUCUCUCCUGGGACAGAGGGGACAGCUGGAGUCAGAGCUGCAGAACAUGCGGCAAUACGUGGAGGAGUACAAAACCAAGUAA